GUAUUGGGUGUGGAAAAACGUCUGCUGCUGCUGUUGUAGAGUGAGGUGUGUCAUCAUCUGAAGUAUUUCCCGGCUUUCGAGGAUUCUCAUCAUCUCACAUUCACAUCAUGGAAGCUUACGAUGUCAUCACGAAUCAACCGGUUGUCAUAGACAAUGGCUCUGGGACCAUAAAAGCCGGCUUCGCGGGAGACCAAGUUCCAAAAUGUCGAUUCCCAAACUUCAUCGGUCGUCCGAAGCACAAACGUGUGAUGGCCGGUGCCCUGGAGGGAGACGUGUUCGUGGGACCGAAAGCAGAGGAGCACAGGGGGCUCCUCACCAUCCGUUAUCCAAUCGAACACGGGGUCGUCAACGAUUGGAAUGACAUGGAGAAGAUCUGGCAAUACAUCUACUCGAAGGACCAGUUGCAGACAUUUUCCGAGGAGCAUCCUGUCUUACUGACAGAAGCGCCGAUCAAUCCCCUCAAGAACCGUGAGAAGGCUGCCGAAGUGUUCUUCGAAACUUUCAACGUUCCUGCGCUGUUCGUGUCCAUGCAAGCUGUUCUCAGUCUGUACGCGACCGGGAGAACAACAGGCGUGGUCUUGGAUUCGGGAGACGGCGUUUCACAUGCGGUACCGAUCUACGAGGGUUUCGCUAUUCCUCAUUCGAUCAUGCGCAUUGACGUGGCCGGCCGAGAUGUCACGAGGUAUCUUAGACGGCUCCUGCGAAGAGAGGGACAUAAUUUUCACACCUCGGCCGAACUAGAAAUCGUGAAGAGCAUCAAGGAGAAAGUUUGCCAUCUGUCAACGAUCUGCCAGCGAGACGAGGGCAGCGAAAUGGAGAAAACGCAACACAUGCUGCCAGACGGUAGCACGAUUGACGUCGGGACUGCGAGAUACAAGGCGCCAGAAGUACUCUUCCGACCGGAUCUCAUUGGUCAAGAAUACGAGGGAAUUCAUGAGGUCCUGGUCUAUGCGAUCCAACGAUGUGACAUGGACCUCAGGAAGGUGCUGUACCAAAACAUCGUUCUUUCUGGAGGGUCGACCCUGUUCAAAGGUUUCGGAGACCGUCUGUUGAGCGAGGUCAAAAAGAUCGCGCCAAAGUCGAAUAAGAUCCGGAUUUCCGCUCCUCAAGAACGGCUCUACUCAACGUGGAUCGGUGGUUCAAUCCUCGCAUCGCUCGAUACCUUCAAGAGAAUGUGGGUUUCCAGACGAGAGUACGAAGAGAAUGGCGUCAAAGCUUUACACCGGAAAACAUUCUAGAUCGAGAUAUUUGCGCGGCGAUUAUUUUCUUGAAUGAACAGGGCCGGGAACGACCUCCGACUUCGACGUCCAGGAUCGCACGAUUAGAGAAGCUCUUGUCAACAUUCGCUUGCAUUCGAGUCGAUUACUCGAACCCCACGGGGAGGGAUUUUCGCCUCUAAUUCAAGGAUAUGUUAAUUAACGAGCGCUCUAGCGAGAGAAUGGACGCUUGUAAAUAAUAUUUAUAACUUUUACCCUCGAAUAAAGUGGCUGAGAGCUAAGUUAUUGAUCCAUACCUC